GUGACGUUCCUGCAGACCUAGCAAAACAUCCGCAUUGACGCUCGCGCGUCCAGUCAGCGAGCACGAGGAAAGUUUUCAACAUUUGUUUUCUUAAAAAUAAGAAGCUGCUGAGGUUCUCCUACCAGUGUCGCCACCCCUAGAACAUGCCCCACGACCCCGACCCUCCACCGGCGAAAAAAUUCAAGCCGGGGUCCGUGUUUUUCCGCCUGGAGAAGAAUAAACCUGGAAUGCUGCUGCCCAGAAAGGGAAAUGUGAUCACCCCGAUUGACGUCCAGAGGAAACGGCUUCCAAUCUACCAGGCGAGAACUCGGCUGUUGAACGAGCUGAGGCAGCUUCAUAAUGCUAUCAUCAUUGGUGAGACUGGCUCUGGGAAAACCACCCAGAUCCCUCAGUACCUGUUCGAAGAUGGCAUCGGCAGGCAGGGCUUGAUCGCCAUCACCCAGCCGCGCCGGGUGGCUGCAAUCUCCCUGGCAGGAAGGGUGGCAGAGGAGAAGAGGACUCCGCUUGGGAAGCUGGUGGGCUACACAGUGCGUUUUGAAGACGUCACUUCACCUGAGACCAAGCUAAAGUUCAUGACGGAUGGGAUGCUCCUGCGUGAGGCCAUCGGAGACCCCUUGCUUCUGCGUUACACCGUGGUGAUCCUGGAUGAGGCUCACGAGCGCACCGUGCAGACCGAUGUUCUCUUUGGCGUGGUGAAGAGCGCUCAGCGCAGGCGGAGGGAGUUAAACAAGGUUCCCCUGAAGGUCAUUGUGAUGUCUGCCACCAUGGACGUGGAUUUGUUCUCGGAGUACUUCAACAAGUCGCCGGUGUUGUACCUGGAGGGGAGGCAGCACCCUAUUCAGAUCUACUACACCAAGCAGCCCCAGUCGGACUAUCUGCAGGCUGCACUUGUUUCCAUCUUCCAAAUCCACCAGGAAGCACCACAGUCCCAUGACAUCUUAGUGUUCCUGACGGGCCAGGAGGAGAUCGAGGCUCUGGCGAGGACAUGCAGAGACAUCGCCAAGCAUCUUCCUGAUAGCUGUGGUCCCAUGGUGGUUAUGGCCCUGUACGCGUCAUUGCCUCCAGCUCUGCAGCUCAGGGUCUUCCAGCCGGCGCCUAAGGGCUGCAGGAAGGUCAUCCUCGCCACCAAUAUUGCAGAAACAUCAGUCACAAUCUCUGGGAUCAAAUACGUCAUCGACACUGGGAUGGUGAAGGCCAAGCGUUUCAACCCUGACAGCGGUUUGGAGGUGCUGGCCGUUCAGCGCGUUUCCAAGGCUCAGGCGUGGCAGCGGGCCGGCCGCUCUGGCAGGGAGGACGCCGGCUUCUGCUAUCGCCUUUACACCGAACAGGAAUUCGACAGCCUCAUCCCCAUGACGGUGCCUGAGAUCCAGAGGUGUAACUUGGCCAGUGUGAUGCUGCAGCUGAUGGCGCUGGGCAUCCCUGAUGUGAUGAAUUUUGAUUUCAUGUCCAAACCCUCUCUAGAGGCCAUCCGCUCUGCUGUGGAGCAUCUGGAGCUGCUGGGAGCUGUAGAGAGGAAGGAUGGGCAGGUUAUCCUCACCACUCUGGGCAAGAAAAUGGCCAGCUUCCCAUUGGAGCCUAGAUAUGCCAAGACCAUCCUGCUGUCCCCGGACUUCUCUUGUUCUGAGGAGAUCCUCAGCAUUGUGUCUCUGCUCUCAGUGGACACUGUUCUGUACAACCCACCUGCCCGGCGGGAUGAGGUGCUCGCGGCACGCAAGAAGUUUAUCUCCAGCGAGGGAGACCACAUGACACUGCUCAACAUCUACAGAGCUUUUAAAAAAGUUGGUGGGAACAAGGAGUGGUGUCGGGAAAACUUUGUCAACAGCAGGAAUAUGAGUCUGGUGAAAGAUGUCCAGGCUCAGCUCAGGGAAAUCUGUCUGAAGCUGAACCUGAAGCUGGAGUCGGGUGGGGCAGAUACGGGUAAUGUCCGCUGCUGCCUCGCCCACGGGAUGUUCACCAAUGCUGCCGAGCUGCAGCCUGAUGGAAGCUACCUGGCUCUGGACACCAAGCAACCAGUCGCCAUCCACCCAUCCUCCGUCCUCUUCCAGGCCAAGCCAGCAUACGUGGUGUUCAACGAGCUGCUGCACACGUCCCGCUGUUACAUGAGAGACUUGUGUUUGGUGGACCCAGACUGGCUGCUGGAUGCAGCACCAGACUACUUUGGCCGCAAGAUCCACAGCACCAGGAGCUAACAUGAAUUACAUUGCACUAUUAGUGUUGAAGGACUUAUGUACUUUUUGGGCUCCACUACCUCCAAGCUAAAAACUAUCAGGCAUGUGUCACUGUAGCUCUGCUGAUCAGCGCCUCACAAUGCCAACUUCCUUUAGCCUGUUGUGCUAUGUGACUCUUUUAACCAGUGACUUAUUUUUCUACCUAUGCUUUAGCCUUUCCGGGAUCUGCAUGCAUUUCGGCAGCACAGAUUACUUGAUUGAAGCACAGUUCACCGGAAUCCAAAGAGCCAAUCUUUGCCAAAUACAAGCAGACUCUUGUUGCACUGUUAUGGAUGAUGGCAAAAAGUCUGUUUGCCUUCAGAAUAUCAGCGUUUUUCAGACCUUUCUUAGCAGGUAGUUUCAGGUUUAUACAGACAGUCUAUCAGAAUUGACUGAAAAGACGGUAAAAAUAGUUAGAAUCUGUUAAACAGAAAACCUAAAUCAUACCAGCUGCAUCCCUUGCUGUGCUCGCCCAUGCAUGUUAACUGACACCGACAUGCAUGUUGGGUAUGAGUAUGUGGCAUGCCUUACCUCUUGUUGCUCUACUCUUAAACAUGUGUUGAACUGAUGAUUACUCAGACUCUUCAACUGUAAGAAAGUAAGUUCUAAGAUGGCUAAUGUAAGCAGGGAGUGCGUGAAGAUAAGUCAGUUUAGUGUUGGGCUUAUUUGUGGUUACUCUGGACUCAGGUUUGUCGAAAAUCUAACCAGAACAAAUGCAUCAAUUUAUAACUCUGCUAAAAUGUUUCUUGGCAACCCUGCCCAAAAUGAACAGAUAUGUUGGUUUGAUGUUUUUUUAUUUACACUGAAUUUGUUGGGUUCACCCCAACUUUAAUGUCUAGCUUAUCUUUCUGUUCCGAUAUUACAAAAACAUACAUGCAUGCAUAGUUUAUUUGAAUAAAUGCAAAUAUUGAAUAGUUUAAUUAAAUUCUGUAUUAUGUUGUUAUAGUCUUGCCUAACCGCACCUGUUUCUAAUAAAAACCACUUGAUCAGAA